GCUGCCCAGCAGAGCUCGCACAGCAGGGAGCGGCCCAGGCAUGGAGCUGCCGCCUUGAAGCAGGUUCUCUGCAACGCGCCCAGGAUGGGAACGCACGGGGCAGGUCAUAAGAGAUGGACAUUUGUACUCAUUGGUGGGGUCCUGAUAGUAACAGAACUUGCCUUAGGAAGUCUGGAAGAAGAGACGUGCAACUGCAGCACACCUAUCAAUUUCUGGGAAUUCCAGACCAAUUUGAUUCCUGAGAUGUGCUGUCUGAAUUUCACCAGGACUCAAAUCAAUACCUUGGAUUGGAGCAUCUUUGCUGGAAUUGCUGGGCUAAGAAAACUCUACCUAUCAAACAGUAGCAUAUCAGACAUUAUUAAUGUAGAUGCUGGUUCUUCUACAUUAGAGUUCAUAUACCUGGACCAUAACCAACUAAGUUGGCUUCCAGAUGGUUUUCUAAAAAAUGCACCUAGCUUGCGUGUCAUUCAGUUAGAGAACAACCAACUCCAGAAUCUGUCUGAAUCAUUCCUGGAAAUAUCUGAUCAAAUCCAGGAGAUCCAUCUUAGCUUCAAUAACUUAUCUUCCCUUCCCUCAGGGAUAUUCAAACCCUCCCUCCUCUUAUUAAGCCUCUCCAACAACAGCUGGGAAUGCACUUGCACCUUACUUGGAUAUCUGGAAAAAUAUCUAGUUGCACCAUUUUACACUGAGAUAAUUUGCAGCACCCCAAGGCAUUACCAUGGCCUGAAUAUCAAAGACAUCCCAAAGCAGGAGCUAUGCCAGACUCACAAUUUAACUGCUCUUUUCAUUUGUCUGCCUGUAGUGGCUGUUCUUGUCUUGGUCACCUGGUGCUUUUGCAAGCAGAAGAAUAAGACAACUGAUUAUGCUCUCCAUGGUGGGAAAGAGUGCCGCCUGGCCACAGUGGAGAGAAAUGGUGCCAAAGGGUCAAGGGACCAUCACUGCUAUGUCCCAUGUGAAGUGCCUCUUAGAUCUGCUACAGAGAAUGAGAAAAACAUCUUGUUGCAGAAUCAAGUCUUGCUCAAACCUUCAACUGCACUUUUAGGGAGCAACAGAGACCUGUAUGAGGAGGUGGAGAUCAAACUUGGGGCUUCUGAUGACUCCUUGGUGAGGACCAAUGAAAAAAAUCCUGACCAAGACAAUUUAGGAUCCAAAAAAAUUAUAAUCGCAGAGGAGGAGGAUGCAGGUGGGGAGUCUGAAGCUGAGACAAUGAGUGUGUCUGAUGUUCUGAAGGAUUCAGCAGACCGGGAGAAGCUCUACAUGAACCAGUCAGUAGAUUAUUAUAACCUGGUUCCUGGUAUUGAACUGGAAGACUCAGACCAAAUGGAAUACGAGAAUGUCGACCUUUCCUGAGAUUGCUUGUCACAUGGUUUAACUGUGCACCAGAGGCUAACCCUUAUCUGGUCCAUUACAGGGCCAGGAUCACCAGCCCCAAAUAUUAUACAAAGACCCUAAAUAAUCACAUAUUAGAAACAAUUCUAUGUUCUGGUCUUUGUUUCUCUUUCUUCUAGGCCUUUGGAAUGAAGUAUCUUUCAUUAUUAAGCAUAGAAUCUGCCAUAUUAAGAUCUGACAGAAUCUAUUCCUUAAUGGGUGGUGGAUGAGCUAAGUAUUGACUUGCAGCUCCUUUCUAGGCCCUUGAAACUAAGUGUUUUUUGUGUUUACUUAAUUUAAUAGAAGGCAACAUUUUCUCAUGGUUCUAGGAAGAAAGGUUUAGAAGAUAAGGUUUGGAUUAAUCCUUAGAACAAAAACUGAGGCUUCCCUAUAUAAACAACACAGUCAGCUAGGGCAAGAUACAACCCAUGGCAUUCUUUUUUAAGAAAAGAACUUUGCAUUUUAUUUUGAGAAAGUUUGGCAUGCUGUUCUGUAUAUUCCCUAUAUGGCCUUGUCUACGGCUACCUCCUAAAAUUCCACACUCUGUGCUCUGACCUUAGGUCUUGCUGUGUGUGGGCUGGUCUGGCCAGUCAUCUUCCAUUCCAAGCAGCACUAGUCUUGGAUGGGAUUUGCUCCCUAGGAAUUUUCUCCAGUUAAGAGCUCAGAUUUUUAGAUCCUUGUGAAAGGAGGGAGAGUGACAUCUAGUGGAAAAGUUUCUGCAAGCUGCCCCCUCCACCAAAUCAAUUCCUUUUCUUUUUUUGCCACCCUUUGAAAUGUUUGAAAACUAUUCAAGUAUCUCAAUUUAAUCAGCAUUUCUAUAAUCUCAGUUAAACAUAUUAGUUUCCUUCUGUCUGGUAUUUAAACAAUUGCUGCUCCACCUUGAUCUGUGGAAUGCAGGUAGGUGGUUCCUGCCUUCUAGGUCAAAGUUGGCUUUUUGGCUCCUUCUGAUUUUAUAAUCCAACAUACAUGCAUGCACGUGCACACACAGAGUAUACAGAUUUCUCCCUUACCCACAUUCUCUCUUUCUCCCCAAAUACAUGCAUUUCCUCCCCACACACACACCAGCUGUUCCCAUCGCACACACCCUCCCAGUCCCUUAUGUAUAUGAAUAGAGAUUACUGUUUCUUGUUUCAUAGUGCCUCCUAUGGAGGCCAGGCCAAAGUCCUGUGGAUAUCAGUAGAUAGCACAGAAGUGGCAGAAUUGCUAUUGUGUACACCUCCUGAACAGCAGCUCUGUCAGGAACCUGACCUCCCCUCCCAAUGCCACUUUUCACUUGUUCACUUCACUGGUUUUGACUUAGUUGCAUUUCAUUUCACUGCUGCCUCUAAAUCCUUCCCUUCUCUAGUUUCAGGCAUCUUCCCACUCUUUAGUGUGCUCCAAAUACUUCUGUAGCUCAGGAACCAUACAAGGUUUUAAUCCCAGCUAAACUGACAACUUCCACUUCCUUCACAGAAGCAAACAUUUUGCUUGCUUUGUGUCCAAACCAGGUGGAAUAUCUGAGACUUUGUAUCUGCUCAGCUAAUUUGUACUGAAGGGUUUUAUGCCACAUGCUCAAUACAAUAUAGAUGAGCCUGCUUGUGCAUGAUCAGGUCUACAUGGGCCCUGGAAGCCUUAGUUUUGAGCACUUUUUGUUUUGUACUAAACUAUUCAAUCAAUAUUCUUAUUUUACAUUUCAAAUAAAAAUAUUAGAAAGCA